UGCUCUGAGGAGCUAAUCAUUUGCAUAUCACAGCAUCUUCUUCCUGUCGGUUAAAUUUCACGUUGUAGAACAUCAUCUUCGUGGUGUAGCAAUUUUAAUGGCCAGUAGUGUAUCUGUUAAUGAGGAGACCAUAACAACUUCUUCUAUUUUUACAUUUGGUCAUCAAUUACACGAAAUACUGAAAGCUAAAUUUUUGCUGCCACUGGAAGUCGUUAGACAGGCAACCUGCUGCUGCGACAGUGCGCCGUUUAGCCGUUUGGUUAUACAGAUGCUGGCUGGUGGUCAGGAGGUGACGUGACUUCGGAGGUGGUUCCUCAUUGGCGGAGGUUUUAUGGUGGGGCUGGAAGAAGAAGCCCCUGCCACCGACCGGGACUGCACGCCAUGGGCUCUUCGCCGGCGUUCCUGGGAGGGGGACGUCAGAAUGGCCGCCCGCCGCUCUUCCUCGUUGUGCUGUGAGUCACGGCUGCAGUACUGUUUCGGCAGUAGCCGGAGGCGUACGGAGCAUGCUGGAGGACGGCCGCCUCUGCGCCUUCAGCGGCACGUUGCUGCUGGUUUUGCUCGUUCUGAUCUGCCUGCGGCCUGCGGGCGUCGCCUGUCGCAUGAAAUGCUCGGCAGGCGGUUUGUGCCCCGGCAGUUACCUGUGCUGCCACAAUCAACUUUGCUGUCUGCGGUCUCAGAGAAUCGCAGAGAUAGCUGGUGCAAUUGGUGGCGUCAUUCUUCUACUCGGAGGCGUGGCUUUCUGCUGUAUCCAGUGUUGCAGGACCAGAAGACAAGAUGCCAGCAACCCAGUACUGAGGUUACCUGCCGUCGUUCCGACUCCGACACCAUCCACAGGCGGUGAUGGCAACCCCUGCACGGAGACCUCGCCACUCAGUCACGACCAUCGUGUGCCGUAUGGGUCUCAUCAGGACAUCAGCUCUACAUCGUCUCGCCUCAGCAAGUCGUGAAGCCUAUGUAUUUCUGCAUACGAACCAUAAGGAGGUCGAGGAUAACGAAGGAAGUGUUAAUCUUGCUGAGGCGACAAAUCAACUAGGGAAAAGUGUGCGCGGGGGCCAUCGCUUUGGGAAGGGUAUUGACUAAUGCUAUUUGGACAACAAGGUGGAGAACUUUGGUGUAGUCAUAGCAAACUGUUUUAUGGACUUUGAACUUCUUGAAAGUGUUAAACUGUGUCCCAUAUUGGGACCUGAAUCCAUACCUUUGUUUUUCGUAGAUAACGUACUAUUAAUUGAGCUAUCCAACGAACUUCAGGCUUCUAUGGAGAACAUCGUUUUCUUCCUGUUCAUACACCUCGAGUAUACUCCUCCAUUCAUCGCUGGACUAGCGCACCUGGGACAGAUGAAAGCGACGAAGAUUUGUUAAUCGCAGAUUGUGGUCUAGAGACGAUAUGUCGGUUGGUGACUCGUAUCAACUGUUAUUGAAGCAGCAGGUUCACUAUACAGGGUGUUCGGAAAUUAGGAAAUUCCUGUUACAAAUUUCUAGGACUUGUAGAGGGGAGUGAGUACAUAAUAUUUUGAAUAGGGACCCACGUCCGGAAACGUACCGUUUCCAUUCUAACAGAUGUUUAACUCAUCCACUUCUGCUUGAGGAACUGAAGUGGCCGUGACGCAGUACAGUUGUUAGAUAAGAGUUCGAAAGGAAACAUAAGGGAACAUCAAUUUCUCACCUAAGCACAUUUGUUUGUAUUGACACUUAAACAUUACCUGUUUACAUCAUUCCACAUGAAAAAGGACCCAGCAUACUGUAUGAUGAUGAUGAUGAUGAUGAUGAUGAUGAUGAUGAUGAUGAUGAUGUCUGGCUUGUGGGGCGCUCAAGUGCGCGGUUAUCAAAGCCCGGAUUGAAGUUUUCACACAGUCCACUUCUCUUUUACACAGUCCAAGAUAGCCACUGUCACGACCGAUGAUGAUGACGACGAUGAAAUGAUGAGGACAACACAAACACCCAGUCCCCAGACAGAGAAAAUCGUUACGGACAUUGUACCUACGAACGGCUUCCUGGUACACACUCUCCGUCCCAUCUGGUGUCUCUUCAAUUUCUACCGCAGCGACCAAAAUCCCUGCCACCAGAUCUUCCUCUGUCUCUAGUGGAGUCUCGUAGAAGGCAGACUCUAAGUGACAUCAGGUGGCCGUCUAGUCAAGUACACGCCAUCCCGUCUACACUAUUGCAUACCAGGACAAGCAGCUCUGAGACUUUUCUCUUUCCCUCAGCAGACGUAGACGCUUUGCGCACCCGAAGUGAAACAGUCGUAGAACGCAAACAGUACGCUUCUGGACACGGGUUCCUAAUGAUAAACGAGGGUUGGAACUUAAAUAGUGGCAACUAUUUACUCACAACCGAUACAAAAGAGUUGCUGUCCUUCAAAGUAGUCAGCAGCGUUGUGUAGAAUCCGUGCUAGCGAUGUGGAAGGCGUAUUAUACCGUUAUCAGAGCCUGUUCUGUUGAUCAAGGGAAUGGAGCGGUCUACUGCCUGCCGAAUCUCUCGAACAGUUCUGAAGCGGCUGCCAGGAAGUGGUUCCUUCAUCUUCGGAAUUAAAUCAAAGUCACAAGAACUUAAGUCGUAUUACUGUUCGUUUUUGGAGCAUCACCUGCCACCAGCUUUGCGAAAGAAGCGGCGACACUUUCUGCGCAGCCCACCCACCAUUUUGCACGACAAUGCGCGGGCGCAUACAGCGCAAGCUGUGGCUGCUCUGUUCGGUCGAUGGGACUGGGAAGUACUGUACCAUCCACCAUACUCCCCGGACUUAAGUUCUUAAGACUAUUAUUUGAUUCCGAAGAUGAAGGAACCACUUCGUGGCAUUCGCUUCAUAACUGUUCAAGAGAUUAGACAGACAGCAGACCGCUCCAUUCGGACCAUCAGCAAAACAGGCUCUGCUAACGGUACACUACGCCUUCCACAUCGCUGGCAACGGGUUCUACACAACGUUGGUGACUACUUUGAAGGACAGUAUCUGGUGCUAACAUGUAACUCUUUUUUAUCGGUUGUGAGUAAAUAGUUGCCACUAUUUAAGUUCCAACCCUCGUAUUAUGUACUCACACUCCUCUGCAAGUCCUAGAAGUUCGUAACGGUUUGUUUUUUUUCGAACACCCUGCAUAUGCUAUCAUGAGAACACUGUCGCCCGGAUUAACGUCGGACGAACCACCAGUCAAGCACAACACUGUGGGAAAAGACCCGUACUCGCUCAUCACCAAUCAAAUGAUCAACGCUACUGGUAGAAGCGUUUUUGCACGCCGAAAUAUCGUUCCCUUUCGAUGCAAACAUCCUGCCAUACGCUUAAAACAACUUCAGUCAGGAAUUUAGUUCUACAAAUAGAAAUGUGAUGAUCAGCAUCAGCCUGCAGUUUCAAGGAGAGCUACUUACAACAGUUAAGAGGAGAGACUUGACUUGCUGUUUACAUCUCUCAUAGUCACAUGACAAGUGCGACCACACGUAGGGGCUCAUUUGAGUUAAGACUUCAAAAUAUGUUGAGGGAGUAUACGACAUACAAAAAAAAGUAUAGGAUAAUCCUACUGAAUGAGAGCAAUAUAAAAAAUUAAACUAUUCACUUUCUACUGCAUGGGACUGUUGUCAAAGAAACAGAGUAACUCCAUUCGGGGAAUCACUAUUUUAACCUGUAUAUGCUGUGACACCACUGUCCAGGGGAGAAAGUUGUGGUUAUUUAAAUACUAGUAUCAGCCA